GAUGGCCCGGAGGCACGUCUUGCAGAUUACUUCGAUGUGAUGUCGGGUACAAGCACAGGGGGUCUUAUUACAGCCAUGUUAUCAGCUCCCAAUACCCAAAACCGCCCUUUGUAUUCCGCUAAACAGAUUGUCCCUUUUUACCUCGAGCACUCUCCAAAAAUCUUCCCUCAAUCAAGUGGCAUAUUUGGUUCGAUUAUUGGGUCGGUGAAAGAUGCAACGGGACCAAAAUACGAUGGAAAGUAUCUUCAUAACCUGGUGAAGAAACUGUUGGGGACAACGAGGUUGCAUGAAACUUUGACUAACAUUGUUAUUCCUGCUUUCGACAUCAAGAAGCUCCAACCUACUAUAUUUUCCUCUUAUCAGGUCCCAGUAAGCUCAGCCAUGGAUGCUCGCCUGGCAGACAUUGCUAUAGCGACGUCAGCAGCUCCAACAUACCUUCCUUCUCACUAUUUCACUAACCAAGACAAGGAUGGAAAUACUGAACAAUUUCAUCUCAUUGAUGGUGGUGUGGCUGUUAAUAAUCCGUCUUUCGUUGCUAUCAGUGAAAUAACAAAAGAAAUCGCCAAAAACAAUUCGAGUUUCGAGUCGAAUACGAAGCCAUUGGAUUACACUCGUUUUCUAUUGAUCUCAUUGGGAACUGGUUCGAACAAGACUGAGCAGAAAUACAAUGCUAAACUCUCUGCCGCGUGGGGACCUUUAUCAUGGAUAUAUUACAAUGGAUCAACUCCUAUUAUUGAUGUAUUCUCUGAAGCAAGUGUUGAUAUGGUUAAUUACCACAACUGUGUGUUUUUCAAUGCCUUGGGUUCUGAUGGUAACCACCUCCGAAUUGAUGAUGACACACUGACAGGGGAUCUGUCUUCGGUAGACAUAGCAACGAAAUCGAACUUGCACAAUCUAGUGGAAGUGGGCAAAAGGCUACUUAAAAAACCACUUUCCUGCAUUAAUUUGGCAACCGGUUUUUACGAACCAAUUCAAAACUCCACCACUACCAACGAGGAUGAACUCAAAAGACCAGGUCAUAUUGCACGCAAGUGCAAGUCCAGGCCAAGCUCUGCUCCACAGGCUAACCUGACAACUGAAGAGUCUUUCACAGCUAUGAUAUCUGAGAUCAACCUUAUUGGUGGAUCAGAAGGGUGGUGGGUAGACACUGGCGCUUCUCGCCAUGUUUGCUAUGAUCGAAAUAUGUUUAAGACAUAUACUGCUGCUACUGAGGAUAAGAAAGUGUUGCUGGGAGAUUCACACACUAUGAUUGUUGCUGGUAUUGGAGAUGUGGAAUUAAAGUUUACCUCUGGAAGAACUGUGAUUCUUAAGGAAGUAAUGCACACUCCAGAGAUGAGAAAGAAUCUGGUCUCGGGCUACCUUCUCAACAAGGCGGGGUUUACACAGACUAUAGGGGCUGAUUUGUUUACUUUAACUAAGAAUGGGAUAUUUGUAGGGAAAGGGUAUGCAACUGAGGGAAUGUUUAAAUUGAAUGUUGAUGUUAAUAAAGUGAAUUCUUCUGCUUAUAUGUUGUGUAAUUUUAAUACUUGCCAAGCUAAGAUCACAAAAACACCACAUAAAUCUGUGACUAGGGAAACUGAGCCUCUAGAUUUAAUUCAUUAUGAUAUCUGUGAACUUGAUGGAACGUUGACCAGAAAUGGAAAACGUUAUUUUAUCACUUUUAUUGAUGACUGCUCUGAUUUUACAUAUGUGUACUUAAUGAAAAAUAAAAAUGAUGCUCUUGAUAUGUUUAAAUCUUUUGUGACUGAAAUUGAAAAUCAAUUUCAUAGAAAGAUAAAGAGAUUUCGUAGUGAUAGAGGCAUUGAAUAUGAUUCUAGCAUGUUUGUUGAUUUUUAUAACACACAUGGAAUUAUACAUGCACUACAAAAAAGAGGGAUUUUACCGAGAAUAGGUUCUCGGUAA